ACACGACGGUUAAUUUAAGCCAAUUUUACUUGCGAAUUUGAAUGCUAGUCGGCUGUGUCGUCGACAUUGUGUCAUAUCCAAUUAAGAACGAUUUUCGUUAGAGAAUCGACUCUUGCAUACCGUCAACGGCGCUUAAACGCGCAGUUUCUCUCGAAUGAUCGAGUGAGAAGGAGAUCGGGAAGUGAAACUGAAUGAUAGAUCUUUAAAUUCAGAGACAUUUUCACAAUUGUUUUAAUUUAAGAAUUGUAUUGUGUUUAACACUCCUUGUCGUGUUUCUUGUACUUCGCAUAGUGUGCCUUUUUUUACAUUUUAGUUUAAUGUGCAGUUCUCGUGGGAACCGAAUAUAUGUACGAAAAGAACGUAAUAGGAGCUCAAAAAUCGAUCAUCUGUUUUACGUCUCGCGUAAAGCAUUUGAGAACUUAAAGAGAAUAGUGAAUUAAAUUACGCGGUAUCCCUCUCAUUGUGUGCACCCCAAUAAUGGGCAACAACAAAGUCGAAAGCCGACCGAAAGGCGGCGCGCCUCGCCUUGAUGUAGCAUCGGCAACGAUAUCGGGGUCACUUCGUCGUAAGAACGCCGUUUCCGCACUCCUCUGCUUUACCUGCGGUGCCUGCUUUAUCCUGAGUUUAAUUUGCACCUGCCUGGCGACAUUGGUUGUUCUGUUGGACCAGACCGUUGAGGCAGCGAGCUAUAGCCGACACGAUUCGAAUAGACCAGAGGCAUUUACAACAAUGUUUGACCCGGAUGAAAGCUUCAGAUUGCCAACGGAUGUCAUACCUAUCAAGUACGAUAUCUACUUGCAUCCGAAGCUGAAAGAGGAAACGUUUUCCGGAAAUGUGACCAUUCUCAUUGAUGUCACGAAGAGCAACAAUAGGAGAUCCAUAGCCCUUCAUCAAAAGGAUCUCAAAAUAAAAUCUGCGAAAUUAGUAACGUUCGGUCUAGAAGAAGACUAUGAAAUUAAUAUCUCUUCCAUCAGCAAUCCUACCAAAUAUGAGGUCUUUGUGAUAUCAACUGAUACAGAAAUUAAAUCCGGAUUGUAUAACUUGAGCAUAGAAUUUGACGGCAAUCUUGGGAACAAAAUAAUUGGAUUCUAUAACAGCAAAUAUUAUAUAAAUAAUCCUGAUGGAACUAAUGAAACCAGAUACAUUGCGACUACCAAAUUCGAGCCAACUUAUGCUAGACAUUCCUUCCCGUGUUUUGACGAACCCAAUUUUAAGGCAAAAUUUUCGGUAAAACUGGUUCAUCCUAUGGAUGAUUGCUACAGUGCCUUAUCUAAUAUGAAUGUAAAGGAUAGGCAAGAAAAUACACCGAGUCGAGGUCUGUCGACAGUGACCUUUGAAGAAUCUGUACCCAUGUCCACGUAUUUGGCUUGUUUUAUUAUCAGUGAUUUUGUUCACACAACUAAGAUGGCAAAGGGCUUGGAUGGCCGAGAACUUCCGAUCGGUGUCUACACCACGAAACUUCAGUCGGAGGAAAAAAGAAAUUUUGCAGCGGAUAUUGGCGUCAAAGCUAUCGAAUAUUACAUCAACUUAUUCAAAAUAGAUUAUCCAUUACCAAAACUCGAUAUGGCUGCUAUUCCCGAUUUUAUGGCCGGCGCUAUGGAAAAUUGGGGUUUAGUGACUUACAGAGAAUCAAGAUUGCUUUACGAUGACCGUAGUAGCUCUGUUUACGACAAGCGCGAUAUCGUUAACGUAAUCUGUCACGAGUUGGCACAUAUGUGGUUUGGAAAUCUCGUUACCAUGAAGUGGUGGAAUGAUUUAUGGCUCAACGAAGGUUUCGCUACAUUCAUGGCAUCUAAAUGUUCGGAUGCGAUUUUACCAAAUCAGGGAUAUAUGGAGGAAUUUCCUGUUGAAGUAAUGCAGAAAGUGUUGAAUUCCGACUCAAAGUUGAGCUCUCAUCCCAUAGUUCAUGAACUAAAAAAUGCAGACGAUAUUUCGUCAUUCUUUGAUGGAAUAUCUUAUAAAAAGGGAGCAUCUAUAAUCCGCAUGAUGGAGAACUUCUUUGGAUCUGAUGUCUUUUUCGGUGGAAUUAGUGCCUAUUUGAACAAGUACGCCUUUGGCAAUGCAGAAACGAUUCAUCUUUUCGAGGUUUUGCAAGAUGCGUAUGGAAAGAAAUUAAACAUAAUCGAUAUAAUGGACACUUGGACGCGGCAAGAAGGCUAUCCCGUUAUUGAUGUGAAAAAGUCAGGAAACAAAUUUGUAUUAACCCAGAAACGAUUCCUGGACGAUCCAGACGCCGAAUUCGAUUCCUCAAAAUCAAUUUACGGAUAUCAAUGGACCAUACCUAUCUCUUAUAUCACCAACAGAAACGAGGUACCUUCUCUUGUAUGGUUCGACAAGGAUGCGAAAGAAGUGGUGAUUGAUGUCGACGAACGUACUAGAUGGUUCAAAUUAAAUGCGGGUCAAGUUGGUUAUUAUCGAGUUAAUUAUAACGAGGAAUGGCAAACGUACAAGGAGCUGCUUCGGUCUAAUCCCACGAAAAUGCCGGCAGUGGAUCGAGCGAAUCUUUUGGACGAUCUGUUUAGUUUAGCUGAUGCCGGCCAGAUUGAAUACGACAUCGUGUUGGACAUAAGUGUGUAUCUCACCGAGGAGUAUCAGGCUCUUCCAUGGGCGGUUGCGAACUCGAAAUUGAGGCCGAUAUAUACUCUGCUAACCUCCGCGAAGCCGCGACAGAACCAUUCGCCGAUAUCAGACACAUAUCAGGCUUUCGUCACAUUCUUGGUAAAUACCAUCUACAAGGAUGUAACAUGGACCGUCGAUGAUACCGUUGAGGACGAUGUACCGUUCUCGCACCUUGACAAUCGAGUGCGACCGACAGUAAUCGAAUUGGCCUGUGAAAUGGAGAAUAGAGAAUGCUUGAAAAUGGCCGGACAACUUUUCAAGGAAUGGCUGUUAUAUGACAAACCGCAGCAUCCUGAUAUUCGCGAAUUGAUUUAUUACUACGGUACGCGCUAUCAUUCGGAUGAGAGUGACUGGGCUAAAAUGUUCGAGAAAUUUAAAACCGAGACCGAUUCCGGCGAGAAGAAUAAAAUAAUGAAGGGAUUAGCAGGCACAAAAUCCACUAAAGUUCUGAAGGAGUACAUUGCAUUAGCAUCUGACGAGAGAUACGUCCGCGCUCAAGAUUUCUUGAAAUGCUUGAUUCUAAUUUCCAAAAAUCCCGACGGUACGGAGCUGGUGUGGGACUGGGUGCGCGAGAACUGGGAAUUCCUGGUGAACAGAUACACAUUGAAUAAUCAUUAUCUCGGUGAGAUUAUACCAUCCAUUACAAGCUCCUUCGCCACGCAAACCAAGAUGGACGAAAUCGAAGCCUUCUUCGCGAAGUAUCCUAAAUCUGGCGCCGGUGCGGACGGUCGAGCCAAAACUCGCGAGAACGUCUCGAAAAAUAUCAAAUGGCUCGCUAAAAAUGUUAAAACAUUCGAAGACUGGUUGUCUAAAAACUGGCCGCUUAAUAAGACCAAAUAAACGUAUCAGCAAAAGUAUUUUGAUGUACAGAAUCAAACGAAAGGGCUGAAAUGGAAGAAAGACUUAAUACGUAUUGAUUUUUAACAAUUAAAAGCAACUUCUUUUUCUUUUAAUCUUGGUAUUAUAUACCUCAACUGCUGAAAUUACUGGCAACCUGACGAUAAUUGUGAUUUUAUACUGUAAAGAAAAGUCGAAAGAGGACAUUAUUCUUGCUAAAGACGAUGUACAAGGAAACUGUACUCAAUACGCUGAAAUUACAUUGUGAUCCAAUAAUCUGUUCUGUCACGUAAUUACCGUGGCAGCGACUGUCAGGCUAAAUACAAAGGCACCAAUAUGCAUUUUGCGCGAAGCGUAUGCCUUUUAAGUAACGCAUUUAUAAAUCUUGAUACUGAAAUAUAUAUAUAACAUUUAUAUAAAUAUAAUUUUAUGAUUAAAUAUAGCACGUUUAUAUUGUUAA